AUGGCCGCCAUAAUUUCGCGAAGGCUAAGGUUAACCUUAACCUCCUCGCUCCUUAAACACUCCCAUUUUUUUUCAUCUUCUUCAACCACUUCGAUUUCCAAAAACCCUAACUUUCCAGUUUUCAAACCCUCCCAAAUCCCACUCUCUCCUGUUAUCCCCUUCAGGUUUCUCUCAUCAAAACAAUUUUCCUCUCCUCCUCCUCCUCAUCAUCAUCAUCAUCAUCAUCAUCAUCAUCCUUCUUCUUCAUCUUCGUCUUCUUCUUCUUCAGAUUCCGAAGAUGCCCGCAAGCCCACUCCAAGCCCAAGCCCAUACCCAAGCCAAAACCCAAACUUCAAGCACCAGGAGAUCGAAGGUCCCACAGUGGAACGAGACCUCUCCCCACUGGCGAACGAGACGCGCGUGGUUCUGGAAAGCAUGAUGAGGAACAUGUACAGGUUAAGCCAGGUGCUGGCGGCGAUGGGUCUGGUUCACCUCACUCUCGGGGCUUGGUUGACGUACCUGACGAAAUCGGAGCCCGUAACGGCGGUGUCGGUGCAGAGUCUUGUGGCGUUCGCGUUCCCGUUCUCGUUGGCGUUCGUACUGCGGCGCGCGUUGAAGCCGAUACACUUCUUCAGGAAGAUGGAGGAGCAAGGAAGGUUGCAGAUCCUCACGCUCACGCUCCAAACUGCGAAGCAAUUGAACGCGCUGUUUGGUAGGGUUCGUGCGGUUUCGCUGCUAUGCAUUUUUGGUGUUGCUGUUGGGGUGGGGAUUGAAGCGGCUUCCAAAUUUACCUGA